UUGAAUGACUUACGGAGAAGUCGAAACUUACAGAUAUUAGUCAGCUGAAUAGGAAGAGCACGGCAGAGUGAGAUUGGAGGUGGAAAAGACAGGACCGCUGCGAACUUUGUACUCAUUUUUUUUAUCACAUUUGUAUGCCCUUUUAACUCAAAUCCUGACCGAUGUGACUUUUUCAAUGGCGUCUGGAAACUACGUGGCUAAAUUAAACGAAUAUGCGCAGAAAACACGCUGGAACCUGAAUUAUGAGGACCUCGGCUCUGUCGGCCCUGAACAUGCUAAAGUAUUUACCCAGAGGGUAAUCCUUAAUGGUAAGGUCUGUCCUAAUGGUGUGGGGAAGACCAAGAAAGAAGCCAAACAAAAUGCAGCUGAAAAUGCCCUGAAAUCCUUGAGCAAACAACAGGAUCCAGAGGACUCAACAGAAACUUCUGCAGCAACAGAUCACACAAGGGUCAAUACCACCAACUAUAUUUGUUGGCUCAAUGAAUAUGGCCAGAAGAACAGGGUGUCAAUAAAGCCAGUGGAGUCAACAAGAUUGGGACCUGAUAAUGCCACACAAUGCUGUAGGUUUGUGGUUGGCGAUAAAGAGUACCAAAAUGCCUAUGGGAAAACAGCGAGGGAAGCUAAAGAGAAAGCAGCCAUGCUCGUAUAUGAUGAUGUAUAUGGCAGUAAAACUGUAGAGACUGCAGAUGCAAAUUACAACUCUGCAUCUGGUCAACAAAAGGAGGAACCAAAUCAACAUCUUAUUGACAUGUGUAAUAAGACAAGAAGCCUGUGUGUGAACUCUGAAGAUGAAAGCAAUACGGAGACGAAUUUCAUAGGAUUGGUCAACCACUACUGUCAGAAAACAAAACGCUCCAAUACAUUCAUUGAGGAGAGGAGAUGUGGCCCAGCUCACAAGCCUCAAUUUUUCUACAAAUUGAGGAUCGACAAAAAGGAAUACGAUGUGGGUGAGGGUAAGACUGUCCAGGAAGCCAGACAAAAGGCAGCUGAGCUGGCCUGGUCUGCUCUUCAAGAACAGUCAGACUGGGACAGCACGGUGUCCUUCAAGUCAACAGGGUCCGAAGAUGAGUUUUCAGUUUCAUCAGCUGCACUGGAAUCCCAGGAAUCAUCACCACAACGCUUCCCCAUGAGUACAAGUGACUCAAUAAUAUUCUGCAAUUCAUCAAACCCUUACAGUGCUCAGGUGUCCUUCAGGUCAACCACAUCUGAGGAUAAUGCAUCAAGUAAAUUGUCAACACCAACUUCAUUGGAAUCAUUUUCAUCAUCACAAAGCAUGUCAUCGGGUACAGGUGACUCAGCACUGUUCAGUGAAUCGUGGUCCUCCAAGGAUCAGGAUGCUGUCAAAAACAAGAACAUCGAAAAUGGUCUCAAUGAGACAUCAACCCAGUAUGAAAGGUUUGAACAAGACUAUGAUAUCAUAAAAUGUCUUGGCCAUGGGGCCUUUGGUUGUGUGUUCCAAGCAAGGCGUAAACUGCUGAAAAAGGAUUUUGCUGUAAAAGUUGUGCGAUGGCAAGAAAAAUCUCUUCGAGAGGUGGAGGAAUUAUCAGACCUCCAUCACCCAAAUAUUGUUCGAUACUACACAUUUUGGAGGCAGAAGUCUGGAUACAAAUGGGAUGAAGAUGAUGAUUGUUACAGAGCUGUUGGAAAACGUAAUUCAUUGUUCCUCUACAUUGAAAUGGAAAUAUGUGACAAAACACUUGAGGAGUGGAUUACAAAGAACACUCUGCAAGCCUCCAAGAGAAGAGAAGAAAGUCUAAGCAUUGCUCAGCAAGUAGUCAGUGGUGUUGAAUACAUUCACUCCAAGAUGCUCAUCCACAGGGACCUUAAGCCUUCAAACAUCAUGUUUGGACUGGAUGAGUGGAAGAUUGGGGACUUUGGUCUGGUCACCAGAGAUGAUGAUAAUGAUAUGGUAGAGAGAACAGUGGACAGAGGGACUCCAACUUACAUGGCUCCUGAACAAAAAAAGGGGAACUAUGACCGAAAGGUGGACAUCUUUGCUUUGGGGUUGAUAUACUUUGAACUCCUUUGGAAAUUGUCUACUAGCUCUGAAAGAGCAAUGAUUUGGCCCAGAGUCAGAAGUCAUAAGUUCCCCACAGAGUUUUCACCGGCUUUUCCCCAAGAGAGUAAACUAAUUACGUCAAUGCUCUGUGAGAAGCCAGAGGACCGACCUGACUCAAUUAAACUGAAGACAGAGCUGGAGAAAUGGGCUCAGAUACUCAAAACACAAAAUAAUAUGCAUCAGCAAAACAAAACCAUCUGAUCAUCACAAGGACUUGUGAUAUGUCAGAGGAGCGUGUGGGAAUCUGUCUUUUCAGAUUUCUGAAAUGUAAUCAAAUUAUUUGAUAUACUGUAAUAAUUAUGAUUAUGUAAGAAAAUGGUCAUGAACUGCACUUACAGUACAUAGUACUUUAACUUGAGAUCCAUACAAAGAGCUUCACUAGGUUUCACAUUCAAACACACACACACACACACCUAUGGUAAUGGCUCUCAGUAUGGGGAUAUGUGUUUUGCUCAAGGACACUUCAAAAUGUUGUCAGGAGGUCAAAUCAUCAACCCUGAGAUUAAUGGGCAACCCCAACAUUUCCAGCAGCCCAAUUGUAUGUGGUGCAUAAUGGAAAAAAGGACCUUACAUUAUGUGUUUAAUAAUCAGGUAAUGAAACAUAAGAUGUUGUUAUAUCAUGAAUUUAAAAAAUGUUGUGUGUAUUCUCAUCCGUCUAACUUCUGACAAAUGAUAAACCGGUUAUUUUCUGUGUUACAGUAUUCUAUGUUACAGUAAAUAACAUUUUAUUCUAUAGUGGAAACGGUUAAAUGUAUUUACAGUGAUGUUACAUUACAUGCACUGUCUUGUGUUAAACAUGUUGGGUUGGAAAAUAAAUCAUUGGUGA